CGAACCUCCUCACAAACCCUCUUGGAAACCCACCACCUCCGAGCCGCCGGCCGACCGAAACAAACGAAGAGCACAACCUCUCCCCUCUACCGAUAAAGACAACCUCAAAAUGCAGCGCCAGCUCCUCGCCGCCGCGGCGCGCGCCACCCGUGCCCCGGCCACCCGCUCCACCGUCCAGCGCCGCUUCGCCAGCACCACCGACAACGCCUUCAUCAGGGAGCGCGAGGCCGCCAAGCACCACGCCGCCGGCACCACUGCCCUUUGGCGCAAGAUCUCCAUUUACGCCUGCAUCCCCGCCCUUGGCCUCGCCGCCGCCAACGCCUACGUCCUCUGGAACGAGCACUGGGAGCACUGGAGCCACCUCCCCCCUCUGGAGGAGCGCGUCGAGUACUCGUACCAGAACAUCCGCACCAAGAACUACCAAUGGGGCAACGGUGACAAGACCAUCUUCUGGAACGACAACGUCAACUACCACAACAAGGACAAGGCCUAAAUGUGCCCUGCAAGGGCAAGGAACCACGACCAGAGUGAACGUGACAUCGCCACCGUAGGGGGACGAGAGGAGCGAUCCAAUAGACUCAGGAAGACACGCCUGUUAAGGGGUAGACUAUUCUGUACAUUUUCCCUAUGUCACAGCAAUCGAGAGACUGCGGCCUUUUUCAAAAAUCCCAUCGUAGGCGCUACUCAUACACUUACCCCUCUCUACGUGAUUCACUGUCUUUUGUCCUGUUCUCCUGCCAUGCUGUCCC